CCCUCCGCGGUCCACCGGAGCGGACACCGACACACAGCGCUGACAGCAGCCGGGAGAAGUUAUCAUAUAGCUCUACAUCCAAACAACACCAAACCCAGACUCCAGUCGCUUCCUGAAGUGCUUUUCACACGGAAAUGGUUCACCUGAAGUUUCCCUUCGGACGCUGAGAGUUGUUAGAGUCGGAGAGGAAGAAGGACGCUUCAAAUGGAGAGAGGCUAAAUCACUCCUUCUGGAUCAGACAAGUUCAUCAAGGGCGUAGCUCCAGUGUUAGGUGGUAUGUCAAACCGUGACUCGAUGGGGUUCGGGGACCUGAUCCCCCAGGAUGUGGUUGAUAUUUUUGCCCAGGAGAAGCACGGCAAUGGCCGGAAGAAGCGCACUCGCUCCCUGGGCCGGGCUCUGGGCUGGCUGAAGGGCAAGAAGAGGAAGGGUCUCGACGCCAAGGGGCAGGGCCUGGGUCUAGGUCCUGCACUCGACUUGGCUUUGGACGGGCACCCCGCUGGGCAUCAGGGUGGACACAAGGGAGGACAGAAGUCAGGAAAGCAGGCUCAUCCACAAGGUAACGGUCAUGCUGUCCCAAAGCGAGAUGACGAUGACAAGACCACGGCACCCCCGUUGCUCCAGGAGAACGUGUUCAUCGAGGCCAGCCCGACCAGGUACCUGGAGAACCUUCACACUGAGGCCCGGGAGGGAUUGAAAAUGAUGCAGCAGGAAGAAACAAAUUAUGGAGUGGAGUUCCAGGACAAUGAGAGCACAGUUUCGACAAUGUCGGUCCACACCGACGGGGAAGGGUUUAUGUCCGACAGUACCCUCGCUGACACAACUUCUGUUGUCUCUGUACAAUCAUCUGUGUCCACAAGAUCCUCCCGCUCUGGACUCACCAGGCAAGAAUCAACAUUCAGGCCCUUGACCUCUGGGAAAAAGACCAAGACAAAGAGAAGACACAGGAAGACUGUUGGAGGUAUCCCACAGCAUGUUCAGAGAGAACUGGGCCUGGACAGAGCGGCUUGGUCAGUGACUCAGAAGUUCGAUGAGGAACAGCUUUAUAAUGGGGACACUGAAAACAGCCCAACAACCACUGAUGGGCCACAACAGGGAGCCGGCACCAGCCUUCAGAAAAGGAACGCCGUCCACCCCCUCAACAAAGACCAGCUCGACCAGCUUAGUGCCAGUCAUAGGGAUGACCUGCACCACCUGGGAACUGACUUGUCAGAUGAGCAGAGAUCUCAGUCCUUGGUCGUACCCUGGAUGAACACCGCCGAGGAUCUGCCCAGCCCCGUCAUAUCCAUGUCACCCCAGGCCCCCUACAUGUCCAAAAUCAUUCCCAAUGCUGUGUUGCGACCCUCCAUCGACGUGGUGGAAAUCAGCCGCGGACGGAGUCGCAACAGCGUCCGCACCGUCAGCAAGAGCAGCCUGGUGCUAUCCAGCCCGUCCCCGUCCCGUGCUUCCUCUAGAGCCUCUUCCUCCAGAACCACUUCCUCCAGAUCCUCCAACAUCACCUCCGCCUCCCGCCAGAACCCUCCCAAUGUGUCCGACAGCUCUUGUUGGAGCAACUCCGACUCCUCAGAGACCUUGGUGUCUGACUCCUCUACCAUCUCCAGGAGCAGCACCCCCAGACAGAAGAGGCUGCAGGACGGAGAUGUGUCCGCUAAAGAGGACAAAAUCAGUGUUCACUCCUCCAACAGUAAGGCUUCAAACGGCAGGCUUGUUGUUAAGGGAGACGAGGCUAAGAAAGAUGGGCCGUUUGGUCGCAGCCUCUCUGUCAUGAAAUCCAAGAAGGCUCCUCCUCCUCCAAGCCGCUCCUAUUCCCUUCACAGUAAGAUGAAGCGACGGUCACGUGAUCUGACAGAGGUUAGGGUCAAUUCUGGUGAGGAAAAUGAAAAAAACAAACCGGGAUCUUCUCCUGUGCCCUCCAAAGCCAUAGACAGCCCUGGAUAUCAUGCUGACACCAGUUCUCUGGACGACUCCGCAGGUUCUGGGUCAUUCAGUCCCAUCAGAUCCCAGCAGCAGGCACAGAAGGCAGAGGGAGCAGUUUCCAAAGAGAAGCAGAAACCACAUCAGGAGAUUAAGCUAAGCAAAACAGUCUCCCCAUCCAGUGGCCAAGAUGGCACAUCCACACAGGUUUCUAAACAGCCCCACAAGAGAGGUAUCUUGGCAAAGCUUCAAAGGUUAUUUCCCGGGUCCGCUCCUGCUGCUUCAACUGCAUCCCCUCUCCCGCAGCCAAAGGAUCUCAAACCUGACACCGCAGUCGAUACCGUCGAUACCGUCAAUGUCAGCCCUUCUGUAAGGGCCUUGAGAGAACUCUUCAACAUCCCUCCGCCACCUAAAGUCCAUGCACCUCCGCCCCCUCCUCCAGAGGUAUGGGCUCACAGCAAGCGUAGCGUUGAGCUGCUGCUGGGACCCCCGGCACCCGAUAACCUUCAGGCCAUCAUAAAGAAGAAUCCAAAGGACAGGAGACAACAGAGGCAGUCUCCCUCUGCAUCUACAGAGGGCUCUGUGAAGAGCUUGGUGGUAGAAAGAAAACACAAUAAUCCGGCUGUAACGGUGGAGUCCGUUAACGGAUCCGUUCAUGUGCUGGAGACAAAGAAAGUUCAAGAAAGUGUGAUUUUGAGUGACGGACUGGCUGAGCAGAAUGUUGAUUUGAAAGGAAAUAGCGAUGUGACAGAAAAAGUUGAGAAAGUAAAAGUAAGUAACAUAAUAAGUGUGAUGUUAGCAAAGGCUGUAGAGAGACGUGAAGGAAGGCUGGAAGCAGUGAGAGAAGAAGAAGAAGUCAAAAAGGCAUCCAUACAAGCGGCAGAGGUUACGUUACCUGCCAUUUCAUUAGUACGCAUGCCUCCAUCUCCCUCUCCUGCUCUGGUGCACCAUCCUCCCCAACAGACCACAUCCCCCGAGUCGUCCUGGCCCCCACCACCUCCACCAAUGGCACAAGCGGGCGUCAAUGGGACUGAUGGGAAUGAUUUACCUCUUCCGCCUCCCCCAAUGUUUGGUGAAGUGGGGUUAGUUCUACCCGUUCAGGUGCCACCAGAGAGCUCCGUUCCUGGUGGAGACUCCUCUUGUACAGCUACGUCUGUUACAUCAGUGGUGAAAAUAGAGGCUGAACCACUGAAUAUCCCACCUCCCCCACCAUAUAUGGCUCCCCCUCCACCAGCUAAAGUGGUCUCCCCUCCUACGACUAAAAAGGUCCCUCCUCCACCACCACCUAAAGAAGUUUCUCCUCCGCCACCACCUAAGAAGGUUUCUCUUCCAUCACUUAUAGUGGUUUCUCCUCCACCACCUAAAGACGUUUCUCCUCUGCCACCACGUAAGGAGGUCUCUCCUCCACCACCUAUAGUGGUUUCUCCUCCACCGCCUAAGGAGGUCCCUCCUCCACCACCUAUAGUGGUUUCUCCUCCGCCACCGCCUAAAGAGGUCUCUCCUCCACCACCUACAGUGGUUUCUCCUCCGCCACCGCCUAAAGAGGUCUCUCCUCCACCACCUACAGUGGUUUCUCCUCCGCCACCGCCUAAAGAGGUCUCUCCUCCACCACCUGAUGAAAUCCCUCCUUCACCACCUAAAGAGGUCUCUCCUCCACCACCUACAGUGGUUUCUCCUCCGCCACCGCCUAAAGAGGUCUCUCCUCCACCACCUGAUGUAAUCCCUCCUCCGCCACCUAAAGAAAUCCCUCCUUCACCACCUAAAGAGGUCUCUCCUCUACCACCUAAAGAAAUCCUUCCUUCACCACCUAAAGAGGUCUCUCCUCCGCCACCUGAAGAAAUCCCUCCUUCACCACCUAAAGAAGUCUCUCCUCCGCCACCUAAAGAAAUCCCUCCUUCACCACCUAAAGAGGUCUCUCCUCCUCCACCUAAAGAAAUCCCUCCUUCACCACCUAAAGAGGUCUCUCCUCCACCACCUAAAGAAAUCCCUCCUUCACCACCUAAAGAGGUUUCUCCUGUGAGGCCCAAAGAGUCCUUUCCACUUGUUAAUGACAUCUCUGUCACACUGGUUACGGUGGUAUCUCCUCCACCAGUUAAAGAAGUCUCCCCUCCACUGGUUAUCGAGGUCACCCCUCUGCCUCCUAAAGAGGUCUCCGCCCUGUCCACUGAGGAGGUUUCUCCUCCAUCUUCUCAAGAGAAUGCAUGUCAAUCUUCUGGAGAGGCGACGCCUGUCAGCCAUUUUGCUCCACCACAAAGUAUUCCACCUCCACCACCACUAUCAUCACAACCCAAGUCAUCAGAGCAGGAGAUUGAUCCCCCACAAGAGAGCAUCCCACCUGAAUCUGAAUCUAACCUAACAUCUGACAGUAUUGUCGCUCCCCCUCAGAGUAUCCCCCCUCCGCCUCCUGUACAGCUUGUCCUCCAACCUCAGGUUGUGUCCCAGACCACUGAUGGUCCAGCAAGCCAGGAGCCCUCCCCUUCACCACCAUCUGAAGUCUCCAUCCCACCAGCUCUUGAAAAUUCUCCUACACCAGAAAAGGCUCAAGAACCUGCCCCUUUACCUCCACCUUUACCUGUGCAGGGUGUCGCCGAUAUUAAGGAUCAGCCUAGUCCUGCAAGCACAGAAAACCAAACCCUGGAGCAGACAUCUGUCCCUGUGGUACAGGAGGAACCCACUCCUACCCCCACCCUUCUGCAGAUGGUCAUGCUGCGGUCAGUCAGAAGCAGCCCUGAGCCUCCUAAAGCUCAGGAUCCACCAGAGGCUGAGGUCACGAUGAGGAAGCAGCAGCCCAGCAAUCCGGUCUCAACCACAUCUGCCAAUGGUGAAGUUCCUCAGAAGCCCAUCAGACGGUCUCUGAUCCUCCUCUCUCCCACCUCUCCAACAUCCACCUCGCCACCACCCACCUCUCCACCUGCUACAGUUACUGAACAACCAGCGCUGCCCAUGUCCCAGUCUGUUUUGGUUCUACCUUCAUCCCCAGUCGCCUCCCCUACGAAAAAGUCUCCCCCUGCCAUGACCGCCUCUCCUUCCAUGAACCUACAGGAGGCCAUCCGCCUGAGGACAGCAGCCAGAUCAAAAGCCGGCCCCCCAACUCGCCUCAGCUUGCACUCCCCAACAUCACCGAUAGACCUCCACAGGUCCCCCACCAGCACAGCAAGCUUCAUCUUCUCCAAGAGCAACAAAAGAGUGGUGAUUGAGACCAAGCCGGCACCGGAGACCGUAGAGAAGAAGUUGGAGGUUUCCCCUGUAACUAAGGUGGCGAGUGAAGCGGAAUGGGUGAAGAAGAUGCCACCGCCCGUUGCAAAGAAACCCAAAAAGGGCAAAGAGAUUGAGACCAGUGAAGGGACGGAGCAAACUGCAGGACAGGAAGCACUGCAAGAGAGUAUCAUGGAUGCUGCGGAGAAAACGAAUGGGACAGCAGGUACUGUUGAAGGAGGAGCGGCACCAUCGACAUGAUUGUAAAGAGUGAAGGAGACCUGGGGAAGGACUUAACCAAUAACACUAAAUUUGCUGCAAGUGGGUCUUUGUGUGACAGACAAGAAGCUGAAUUUGGAUAGAUGAGAUGCUUGUGUCAAAGAUUGCAUUUUGGAGAAGUUCUGGAUUUUAAAGGAAAUCCUUUGACUUUGAUGAUGUUAAUGGUGUGGGUCUUAAUUUUCUCAAGUACUCAUUUUGCAUUUUACUAAGAGUGAAAACAACAUAUUUUUUUUUGCCAGAGGGUCUUUGAGCUUUACCAUUGCAAGAGAUGGGACUAUAUCGCCCUCUAGUGCCACUUGUGUCCUGCUGAAUCAGAGCUUUAGUCAGUACUCGCAACAAUGGGACUUUUGGGCGCUCAUCUGUAAAUAUAGCAAGAUUUUGUACAUUUAACAUAUCCAGUAAUGACGGAUCUGUGCUACAGAGUUUUGUUUGUAUUUUCUCCAAAAGAGUUUCCACACCAAUUAUAUUUGUUAAAAAAAAAAUUAAGUUAUUUUUCCUGUUUUCAUGUUCAGAGGACGGUCUCUUCUUCUUUGCAAUGUUGUGUUACAUCCGAAUAUCAUUUAAAUCAUCUUUGUUUGUAUAGCUCUUAAUCGUUUCCAAAUUUAUGUUCUCAAAAAUCCCACGUGUAAUUUUUUUAUGAUUCAAAGCUCUCUAUGAUGCGUGACUUGACGCCACAGAAAGGAGCAGACGUGUAAAGCAAUACUAGAGUCAUUAUUUUCUGCUGCUUUUAGUUACUGAUAAUGGAGGCGUUGCCUUUCCUCAGUUAUUGCUCAUACAGUGUGAUAUUUCUGUGUUGAACUAUAAUAUAUUUCAAGCUGGUUUCAGACACUGUAAUGUAAUAAAUCAUUUAUCAUGGAAAGAAUAAAGUUUUAUGGACAGAUCAAAUUGC